UGCCACAAAUGGCCAAUUCUGGAGGAGGCGCUGUCUGCAAUGGGAAAAUUUAUAGUCACAAGAAAUGGGACGGCUCACAGAAUGGAAACUGCACGAAGAAUGGCAUAGUGAAGGAAGUCCAGGGGCAGACUUGUGAAGGCUCAAACUUCUCAGCUAAAUUUCAGUCCAUCAAGAAAUCAUGACAGGCUACAUUCACCAGGCUUCAUAAAACAUUUUUUUAAAAAAAAAAAUUGAGGAAGUGGAAGUAAACUAAAAGUCGCCGAGAUUAUAUGUUGUGGAUGGCAUUUUCCUCUGUACACCAGAAAUGCUCCCACUUCACCACUCAGUACAGUUAGCCGAGUUAUUCUCUGGGUGAAAGAUGAAAUAUUUAUGGUAUUUAGUGGGACAUUGUCACAGCUUACAGUUUGAUUUAGGGCCAGAGUCUUUCUCUGAAACUUGACAUCACAGCAUUCCUUUGGAAGACACUUCAGAGAGUGUGGCUUAUUGUUCCAUGCUGGACACAGAACCAAACAGCCUUUUGUUUUCCCGUUUGAAACAUUUUUUGGCUCCUGCUGUAAAAUAAUGUUUGAUGGGGCUCUACUGAGAAGGAGGAAGAGGAGGCAGAAGAGGAGGGGGAGAAGGAACUGGAGAAAUAUUGUCAGCUUAUUCAAAGAGGGAGCUGGGCUCUGUGAGGUAUUUGUAAAAAGGCAGUCCCCCACUUCCCACAUGAUGCCCUGCCUCACUGCUCUGAGGAGCAGGGAUGAGCUCACCUGCUUCAGAAGCAAAUUGGCAUAACCAGACAGGUAGCUUCAGUGUUGGGAAAUGAGAAGCUGGGCAGGGAACCUGUCAGGUUCAUCACUCAUCCAUCCCCAGAGAACCAGCAUCCACCCAGGGGAAAGGUCAGACUGUCGUAAGAUCGCAGGACAGGUUGGGCUUGCUGGGAGCCAGUUCGCCACUCAGUACAUUAAAUCUCAAAAUGGGAAGCCACAUUUUUAUGAGAAGCCGGUUGUUGAAUCCUUUGAGGAAGCACCUCUUCACGUUAUGGUUUUCACUUAUAUGGGAUAUGGAAUUGGAACCCUAUUCGGAUAUCUCAGAGACUUUUUGAGAAACUCGGGAAUAGAAAAAUGCAAUGCAGCUGUAGAGCGAGAAGAACAAAAAGAUUUUGUGCCACUGUAUCAAAACUUUGAGAAUUUUUACACACGAAACAUUUACAUGAGAAUCAGAGACAACUGGAACCGGCCCAUUUGCAGCGCCCCGGGGGCUCUGUUUGAUGUGAUGGAGAGGGUGUCGGAUGACUACAACUGGACAUUUAGAUUCACUGGAAGAAUCAUCAAAGAUGUCAUCAACAUGGGCUCCUAUAACUUCCUUGGCUUGGCAGUCAGGUACGAUGAAUCUAUGAGGACAGUGAAGGAUGUUUUAGAGGAGUAUGGCGUAGGUGUGGCCAGUACCAGACAUGAAAUGGGAACCUUGAAUAAGCAUAAAGAGUUGGAGGACCUUGUGGCUCAGUUCCUGAAUGUAGAAGCAGCCAUGGUCUUUGGGAUGGGAUUUGCAACUAACUCAAUGAAUAUUCCUGCACUAGUUGGAAAGGGGUGCCUCAUUUUAAGUGAUGAGUUAAACCACGCAUCUCUUGUGCUUGGGGCCCGACUCUCAGGUGCAACCAUAAGGAUCUUCAAACACAACAACAUGCAAAGCCUAGAGAAGCUCCUGAGAGACGCUGUAAUCUAUGGCCAGCCUCGAACCCGCAGAGCUUGGAAAAAGAUUCUCAUCAUGGUGGAGGGCGUCUACAGCAUGGAAGGUUCCAUUGUGAAUCUGCCCCAGAUCGUGGCUCUAAAGAAGAAAUACAAGGCUUACCUCUACAUUGAUGAAGCUCACAGUAUUGGGUCUGUGGGCCCGACUGGCCGGGGUGUAGUGGAAUUCUUUGGAAUGGACCCUCAAGAUGUCGAUGUGUUUAUGGGCACAUUCACCAAAAGCUUUGGAGCCGCGGGAGGUUACAUCGCUGGAAGGAAGGAGUUCCACAGCCAAGGAGCACCCAGAAUGUCAAGGAGCUCACCAGCCGACAGUGCAGAGGAACAGGACCUUGUGGAUUAUUUACGGGUUCACUCACAUAGUGCUGUUUAUGCUACCUCCAUGAGCCCCCCGAUAGCAGAGCAAAUCAUCAGAUCAAUGAAAUUCAUCAUGGGACUGGAUGGGACCACGGAAGGGCUAAAGAGAGUACAGCAACUUGCAAAAAACACAAGAUACUUCAGACAGAGACUGAACGAAAUGGGAUUCAUUAUCUAUGGCAAUGAGGAAUCUCCUGUGGUCCCCCUGCUCCUUUACAUGCCUGGUAAAGUAGCGGCCUUUGCAAGGCACCUACUAAACAGAAAGAUUGGGGUAGUGGUCGUUGGAUUUCCAGCUACUCCCCUAGCGGAAGCUAGGGCACGAUUCUGCAUUUCAGCAGCACAUACCCGAGAGAUGUUAGACACGGUCUUGGAAGCCCUAGAUGAGAUGGGUGAUCUCCUGCACCUGAAAUAUUCCCGGAACAAGAAGUCAGCACGCCCCGAACUCUAUGAUGAAACAAGCUUUGAACUUGAUGAUUAAGUUUCCAGGUCCUGAUUGGCACCUAAAGACUUUGCCAGCAAAAUUCUCUCUUUGCCUCAAAAAGAAUAUAAGUGCAUUUCUCUCCAUUUCUAAGGACAAUUGGUUUUCAAACCAGCUUAGUCGAACUGAGGGAGACGUUGUUGUGUUCUUAAUGUCCCCAACUCAGGACUGUAGAGACAAAAAUACAGUUUCAGAUUUCUGUUUUUCUUCUCCCAAGUAACCUGCUACACACACACACACACACACACACACUUCUUAUAAUGUUUGUAAUGGCAAUAAGCCUGCGUUUUAGCUGCUACUGUGCAGCCUCUCUAGUCCAGAUCCUUUCAGGAAUUCCAACCAAAUGAGAGGGUUUCGGUUUUUAACUCCAUAGAUCUCACUGAGUGUUUACUUAUUCCAUCUCCGGAUGGGCCAGCAUGGUGGUCAGUGGCAGACCUCCUUAUUCCCAUGUGAAAGCACCAUCUAGAACUCGUGUGUCACAGGAAGUUCAAGGCAGGAAGGUAAAGAAAUGUUGCUUCUACCAUUUGCCACAUUUGGGCUUUUUCCAAGGACAAGUGUCAAAAGCCGUAGUUAGUGUUUGGAGGGAGAGAGCAGAGCUGGCCAGCAGCACCCAGAGACAUCUUUGAAGGAAACUUUCUUUUUCCUCUCGCUGGUUUCUCCUACAGUUUUACAGCUGAGCUUUUAAGGUUUGGGAAAUUCAAGAUGUGUGUUUCAUAAGGAAGUGGGUAGACAGCAAGCACAAGCCAAUUUUAGGCCUAAACUAAAACCACGAAGUUAGAAGCAUUUGAACAUUUUUGGUGCCAUGUAGAGUGAAUGUUUAGCAUGCGUAGUCUCUAUGACUUUAAGGAAUGGGUUGACAUUUUCCUAUUGAAUUUUGAGUAAAUGGUGAGAUUUCAUUUUCUUGAGAGUUGACUCCUAUGACUAUACUUGAAGAAUUGGUUUAAAAAUAUCUAAAAGCAAAUAUUCAACUUUUUCAAGACUGACACCCCCCGUCCCCAUUUAGGCCUAUUAACAUUAAAUAGUUCUGUCAUCUGCCAAAUGCACUUCAAUUUGGUGCACAAUGAACGUGUGCACUAUUGGCAACUAACUGUAAUUUACUUAGCUCUCUCUCUCUCUCUCUCUCUCUCUCUCUCUCUCUCUCUCUCUCUCUCUCCCCUUCUCUGUGUGUGUGUGUCUCUGAACACAAACUCCUCUGGAAUAGCACCCCUUUGCUAAUUGGAUCUAGUUGGUAUGGAAAAAGCCAGUGGAAAACCUUAUCUUUAACAAGCUCCCAGAUGGUGCACAGAUUUGGAAACUCUAAAGAGCAGUGGUGACCUUUUAGCAAAGCUUCUGUAAUAGUUUGAAUGAGUUACAGAACAUUCCACUCCAUCAAAUGACACUAUAAACAAAUCGCUUCAAGAGAGGUUUGACUUUGUGUGACACACAUGGACCCAAGCUUUCAUGCUGUGCACUGAGAUAGAAACUCAACCCCAAGCACUGGUGUUUGAUGGAGCAACAUGCCCUGAUGUUCAAAACUUAUUAAAGGAGAAAGAUGAUCUGCAUGGAAAUUUUUAGGAAAUUAUAACCCCUAGUAGGUACAACAAUUUGAAAGUGGAUCACGAACAUUUUUAAGUAGUAUAACAUUCCUCGUGAACAAUUUUUAUGUACAAUUAGGUUAGAAGGAGAGAAAGCAGGUUCUGAAAUGCUGUUGCCCCAUCUAAUGACUGAAUUUGAUAACUAAAUUUCAGCUCUUCUCAAGGAGCCAGUAAAGCAUUACUUGUGCAAGGAAAAUAUAUGUUGAGUAAAUGUACAACGAAAAAACAGACACAUAGGUCUUUUCUUUUGAAAAUGUGCAUUUAAAUGAAAUUGAUCUUAGUUAAUUUUCCAAAAUGCAUAAACGUCUUCAGUCCUGUAAAAGAAACAGGGAACAAAGAGGGCGACAACAUGUCUGGGCCUCCCUACGGUAUAGCAAGCAAUAAACAUCCCCUUCCAUUCUGGGUGCCUGUGAUCUACACACCCACCCUUUGAGUUUGAAGCCUGCAGAGGGGUGUCUCCUUGAGCAGGAAUUACUCUCAUAAUUACUUUCAUGGAGGCUCUUGAGUCAACUCAUGAUAGGAAACUAAUUACUUAGCCAGUUGGCAUGGGAGGCAGGGGGAGAUUACUCUCUCUUCAUCAAGAUCCAAGAGUUCUGGGGCAAUUUAUUACUUUCUCGUGUAUAAGAUAAAAGGCCUAUCUCUGUCAGAGUCUAUGUUGAAUAUACACUUAUAAGAACAACUGUAAGCCAAGUGGAAUGCUUCACAAGCAGUACAUUUGGAGGGAUCCAGGUCCCACUGGGCUGGCAAUAUAAGUGUGCAUAUAUAUAAUGAGGUUGGUUAAGAGGGUGAUUGUGGCCGAAACCGGUUUGGCUCAGUGGAUAGAGCGUCAGCCUGCGGACUGAAGGGUCCCGGGUUCGAUUCCGGUCAAGGGCAUGUACCUGGGUUGCGGGCACAUCCCCAGUGGGAGAUGUGCAGGAGGCAGCUGAUCGAUGUUUCUCUCUCAUCGAUGUUUCUAACUUUCUAUCUCUCUCCCUUCCUCUCUGUGAAAAAUCAAUAAAAUAUAUUUAAAAAAAAAAAGAGGGUGAUUGUGAAUACUGAGAAUUUUUCUUCUGCUGCUAGGUUAAUAAGACCAUGAUUUUAAUUCAAUAGGGAUUACUGAGUUUCCAUAAGUAUAGCAGAGCCAAAAAUGUCCCUUUGGUUGAUUUUGGGGGGAAAGAGAAUUUCUAACAGAACUAUAAUGUUAUGUACCCCAACCUUCCCAUUUACACACACACACACACACACACACACUUACUUUUCCCUUACAGAGCAAGUAAGAGUAGAGAGAUGAAAGGUAGAGAGAUGGAAAUCUGAUUGGUUGAUAGAUAGAUGGAAGGUGUUGUCCUAAAAAUAAUCUUCAGGGAAGCAGAAGAUAAAGGAUCCAGAUGAUAUUUGUAAGAAAGAUUAUUUGCAUAAUGAAAUGACAUGGACACAUGUCUAAUCUUAUCAUGGGACUUCAGUAUCAUGGAUACUUGGCUGGAUUGCAUUUCAGUAAGUUUUGAUCAGAGAACCACAGGCUUCAGAAUUUACUUGAAAGCUUGAUAAAAUGCAGAUCCUUGAGUCCCACACCAGCAUUCUACUGAAUUAGAAUAGUGAGAGAGAAUAAUCUACAUUGUCAUCAGCCUUCCCAGGGGAUUCUAAUCCAUGUCAUAAUUUGAGAAUAAUUACUGGAGCUUUUGUUUUGAUAGACCAGUUGGCUCUAAUAACAUAACAGAAGCUUUGUUCUGACUCUUUGUUUAUAAUUAAGAGUACUUAUACUACUAAAGUAAAGUGAAUUAUUCCAACUUUUCCUACUCAGUUGGACAUUUCACUCCUAUUUUCCAGGUAUCUUCAUUUCCUACAAUAAGGAAUCUAAUAUUGAAGAAUAUUCACUUGAAUAUUCAUUUGAAUAAAUUAUUCCUUCUCGAAUGCUUCUCUGUAUUCUUUCCUACAAAAUGUUCAUUUUCCUUUCAUCACUUUGUUCCAUUGAACAUGGUGUCUUGUUUCUUUAUUUUUCUUCUACCCCUUUAAAAAACCUUCAACCUUUGAUUAUUUAUUUAUUCCAACAACAGCUCUUGGAUAGGGUGAGUCUUAAGAGUUCUUCAAAUAUGCAAUGCUCCUCUCUAUUUUUUCUUCAGAGACAGCAAAUAUAAGUGGGUUACUCUGACCUAAAGCUCUGAUGAUAAAACCUAACUCUUAAAUAUAUCUUUUAUUUACAGCAAUGAUAACAAUUGUAUUUUGAGCUUAUCUAGUGAUUUCUUGGCCAUUUUACUUGUCUCAGUAAGAACAACAUAUUUGAAGUCUGUUGUCUCAGGCCCUUUGCAGCUGUGUAUUGUUUAGGAAAUUAAAAGGCAUCUGUAUUUUAAA